AUGUCCCGUGAAGCGGAAACUCUUUACCAUGUAAGUGCACCACCUCCAUAUCCUGGUGCCACACCUUCUAAUGUGACUGGGGGUUACAGUGCAACUGCUCAGUCUACUCCAGCGUAUCCCACUUCUUUAACUGGAGGGGUUGCACCAUAUCCGAAUUCCAACUCAACAUCUUAUGCGUGUAAAGCAGGCGAAGCUGCGUCUUCUAAUGGUCCCACGAAUCUUGUAAGUGGAGGCUACUACUUUCCUGAAGAUCCUCAUGCUGUAUAUGCACAACCAGGUGCUCCAAAUGAUGCCCCACCUUAUUUGGAGGCUUCUCGUAAUGGUCAUGCCCAACCACCCCCUUAUCCAACUGACAAUUACAGUUCUCAACAAAAUGCUUCUUCUAAGAAAAAUCAAUAGUUGAGUUCCGUGAUGUUUACUUCAUUUCUGCAUCACAAAACUUUCAACAUUCGCUAUUCAUAUUAUCACGCAUAUUGUAUUUUGGAUGAGGUCUUUGUUGAUUCAUGGUUAUUUCACUGCAUAAUGUGAUAAUCACUUUCUUUAUCAUUUCCUAAGAGACUUAUUUUCGAUUUAAUUCAGAGGACGUGGUUUCUUGAUCAUUAACAAUACGAAUAAAUUUCCUAAGUCAU